GAUGGCAUUUUCGUAAAUUAUAUGAACUUGUGGGGUGAAUAGGGCAAAACCAAUUUUCAAAAAAAAAGGAGGUUAGUUUUGUGUUUGACUUUAAGUUAUAGGUCAAUUUUGCAAAAAUCUCAUUUUUUUACCAAACUCCUCUCCAUGUGAAAUAUUUUUUCUUGUUCCAAAGUCAGAGAACACUGGUGCUUUCUGACUGUUUAUAGUAAUGGUUCAUCGGAAGAUACAAUACUCCGAUGAAAUUAAGGGUUGUGAAGUGGAGCACACAACGUCACAAUAUAUAAUGACUAUUUCCAAGUUUAAAUAUUCGAAUGAUGCAAUACUUUUCCAUAAAGUUAUUCGCGAGUUAAGUUACAAAAAAAAAAAAAGUUAUUCGCGAGUGUUUUUUUGCAAAUCACAGUUUCGACAUUUUAUCAAACUAUUCUAGGUUUAUAUCUCUAUCUUUAAUUUUGUUUUGCUUUUAAAAUUUUCAAAAAGACUGGCACAUUGUAUAUCUAAUAUGUUGUGUUAAAAAAAGGUUACGAAUUCUAAAUUUGACUAAUUCUGAAAGUAAUAAUUAAAAGGAAAAAUAUUGACCAUCAGAAUAACUGGAAUAUUGGUUAACACAAACAUUUCCAAUCGUUUUUUUACCGUAUCACCUUUAUACUCUCUCCACCAUUAUUCUUCAAACAAUCAUUUUCUUUAGUUGCCUUCGAUUUUUUUUCCUUUUUCAUUUCUUCGUUUGCUGAACCUUUGUUCCUUGUUUCUUUUCUCCUGAAAUUUGAGGACUUUUAGGUGAAUUUAUAUUUGCUAAAAAAGGAUAAUCCGCUAUCAGGAUAAACCUACAAGUUUCUGGGAUGCAAUUUUCUUUCUUAAGUUUGGUGAUCUUUCAUACGAUAGUUUUCCUCGUUAUUUGAUUGCCGCCAACUAUUGUGUUCUGGAAAGUGAUGAGUAUUUCAAAAAUCAGCAUUUUGCGAUUGUAAAAUCCUUGUUUUUGCAAUAAUUUCUUUGAUUUUGUCUUCUUGAUUUUUUCAUUUCUUUUUUCAUUACUAGCAUUUUUUUUCUUCAUUUUCUUAUGUAAACAAAACGAAAAUACCCGACUUCAAGAUCUAUGCAAUUUACAAUGUCAAGCUCAAGUAUGAAAAGCCUAUUGAAAGGCCUCCGGUACAUUUCUCAAGUAUUUGGUAAUUAACUUCGUCCUCUUUCGAUGUUUACAUACUAUGUUGCUGAAUCGUAAACAAUGAUUACUCUAGACAAUAUAUCACGUAGAAGAAAGUUUGCAUGCAUUGUACGUGUUGAUGAAUAAUGCCAUAGUAAUCAAUAUAUACAUUCAAUUCAUACUUAUUUUUGGGAGUAUUAUAUUGGUUAUUACAUUUAUGAUAGAAAGUGGAAAAGAAGAAGAAGAAGAGAUAGAGAUAGGGAAUCCAACGGACGUAAAGCAUGUCGCCCAUAUCGGUUGGGAUGGACCAUCCGCUACUCCUGCCUCCGCACCAAGCUGGAUGAACGAGUUCAAAGAUGGUGCUGGAUUAGAAUCUGGACAAGGAGGCGGAGAAGAUGAUUCCUCCGCGAGAUGUAUGUCGGAAUGUGGCGGUCGGACCAGAGAUUUACCAAAAUUACCAAAAUCUACGAGGAAAGCAGCUUCCGAGAAAGGUUCUCCAACAAGAGAAAUAUCAUCGGACAAAACUAAACGUCGGUCGUCGAAAAAAGGAACAACAUCAUCGUCAAGAAGACCAAAGGAAGUGUCUGAACCAAACGAGUUUUCUUCGUGGUCUAGUCCAGGAACGGGAAGUAGUUUACCAGAAGUUCCGAAGAAAUCAAGGAGGAAGAAGAAGACGAAGGAAACUGGAGGAGGUUCAACUAGAUCGAUCGGUAGAUCUGACGUGGAUAACAUGUCUGAAACUGGUUCUGUGAGAUCUAUGCCUCAAUUCGACAACAGAGAUGACUUUUGAAAAGGAGAGACAGAAGAAGAGUCUUUCCUGCUUGGCUAAUUAAUUAUCACUGAACAUACCAAUAUUAGAUUUGUUUUUAGUCUCCAGUCUUGUACUAUUCUCAUUCACUUUAAUUACAACAAUGCUCUUUUUGUCCUUCUAUAUAACUGGAGAACUUGAACCUAACAAGUAGAUUGGAAGGUACUAUGAUUUUUUUUUUUUUUGGUUAGGAUGGGAUAUUAUUGUAACAGAAAAUUCCUUGUUACAAUAGGCACAAAACAUGUUUGUUUGAUACUGACGUGACACAUGAAACUCAGAUAAAUGUUAAAACAGAUACUCAAUUCUCUGAAAGCGUUUGUGCUUACUUGCGUCAAUGCCCAUGGUAUCUUCUUUUUAUCCUGUUUUUCAAAUUAUGUUAUGUUACUUCUCCAACUAGAACAUCCCGUAAAAACUUAUAAUUUGAAGUUUAAAGUUAAAGGGGGUCUCUCCAAAUAACAACAUAAACACUAAAUCUAGAAUCAGCAUUCAGAUUACAUCCCAGAGAUAGGAAAAACUCUACAAAAAUUCAUUGCUCUUUAUUUCUGUUUAUUCCUAGUGAGCUGAGAAUCAGAAAAUAAUAGUUUUACUAAAGAGAAGA